AUGAUGCCGCGCUCCACCGCCAGUCGAUACUUUUACGAAUGCCGAGCUGGUCAACUCGAACCCCGUGGUUGCGUUAGCGAAUCAAACCGACAGCUACCAAUUGGCUCCACGAUCGAAGCCGGCGGUUACGUAGCCCGUUGUGAAUUAGGAUCUGACGGCUAUCUACAGUUCCGUUACGUUGCAUGUGUUGGAGACGAUGGUAGACAUUACAAAGUUGGAGAAACAUGGACGGAUGCUCAGGUUUGUAAAGAAGUUCUGAUCAUUAUCGCACGAAAAAAUAUCGAUAAAGCGCAUCUGCACCUUUUUCAGAUUUUUUCUGCAAUGGUUUCCACUAAGGAAGACAAAAAAUGAUU